AUGGUAACGCUGACCAUUAACCGUAAACCGCAGGGGAUUUUUGCUAAGCCACAGCAGGAUAAAACGAACACAGCACACAAAGGACGGAUACCACCACAAGUGAAUGACAGACAGAAGCCUGCGAAUAAAACACCGUGGCGGCAUAUGACAAAACGCCAGCGCAAAAAUCGUAAGCGUAUUAAUCGUCUUGUGGAGCUCUGGCCUGAGUUAUUCAACCGUGAAAAUCCGAAGCCAAUUAAAGUGGGGAUAGCUGACGAUCUGAUACAGGAUAUCACCCUCAGAAAACAGGUAUUUGGUACAGGUGCAUUACGUGCGGCGGUGGCGUCUUAUGUACAGUCCCCACGCUAUUACCGUGCGUUAAUGGCCGGUGGCGCCCGUUACGACCUGAAAGGGCAGCCAUGCGGGGAAGUGACACCACAGGAGCAGAAAGAGGCAGAAACCCGGCUGAUGAUACUGAAUGAGAAGCGUAAACAGCGGCAUGGUGAGUCCGGACAGAAGUUAUGUAACGAGUGA